AUGUUGCAGCACCGAACCAUCGCCCAGCAUCAUCCACCACAACAGCAACUGCCUUUGAAUGAGAAGGGUGAAUCUAGUGUCGGUUCAACCGAAAACGGGUCGACCACUACCACCACAUCAACACCAUUAUUGGGGACACCUGUGAUCAAUCAACAUGAUCCAAUGUAUUGUGCCAUGACCGGAAAGAGGCUAUCAGAUGAUGCUUACGAAAUGACCAAGAGCAAACAAGAUCGUAAAUUUGAGAAUAAUGCCUUUGUAUUGAGAAAUGAAGUGAGAGGGUGUUAUUACUUUUAUGAUCCGACGGUGAAUAGACAAUUAAUGAACGAUCAGGAACCAACAAAGACUCUGUCUAAGAAAAUUAUUCCUCUCUCGGGAGAUGUUGAUGAUGAACAUGAUACCAAAAAGAGAAUUUCAAUCAAGAUUCUUCAUUUACAACAUUGCAUUGAGGUUAUCGAUGACGGAUUUGAGAAGUGUCACGAAGCAUAUGAAAGCUUUAGUCACCGCAAAGAAGCCAUGUAUAUUUGCCUGUAUCAUUUACUCAACAAAAAACUUCCUGAUUUGUAUGAACGUGCUAACUUACAACAACUAGAAGAAAUUGGUGAAGAGUUUCGAGAAUUUCAAAAAACAUAUUCAUCUCCUGAAGAUAUUAUACAGCUUUUGAAAAGCGUGAAAACUGACUCGACUCAUUCCAAAGAUUCCUUUUUCAGUGUCACAAACGAGGAUGAAAGAAAAAUUAGAGACAAGUACGAGGUUGUGACAGAGUGUUUAAAGAUUGAAAAAUACAUUGUUAAGGCAGUAACUUCUUCCGAAGACAAAAUCAAAGAGGUCGAAAGGUCUGACGACUUUAAAAAGGUGUUGCAAGAAUAUGAAGUAAUAUUUGAAGUUUGGGAAAAGGUGGAAUCAUGGAACGAUUUGAAACAAUCGAUUUUAUCGACCAUUGCUCUCGCCAAAACAACAACAGGUGAUUUGCAAUUAAGUAAUUAUGAAAUUACUCUUGAUGGUUUUAUUGAAAAGGCAUACCAAAAGUUUAAUUUGAUAGAGUCGUCACACAAAGAGCUUAUUACAUUGUGUAGUACUUGCAAUGCGCCAUUAUUGAAUUUAAUGAAACACCUCCAUACACUGAACAUGACCUUGGACACAUGUUUGCAUUCUGUCAACACAUACAAAGAAGGAGUUAAUUUGUUGAGACGUUUGCGAUUCCUUUCUAGUUUACCCAAACUCUAUCAAAUUGCCAUGCAUGAAGUGGUUCGUCGAAAGCAAGAAUUCAAAAAAGAGAAGCUUGAAAACGAUACAAACAGCACUAUUGAGAGAAUGAUUUGGUUGAAUUGUCAAUUGGAAAACGAGAAGAGAGACUUGUUCGAAGCUCAAGUUGCCAAACUCGCCACAGAUUCUAAACACAUUUCCGAGCUUAAAAAGUUAGUUCCUGGUUUGAUUGGUGAACGAGUGAACAGCAAAGUUCUGACCACACGUCUGAAUCAUUACAUGAACACUCUCAUUAGAUCCGUCGAUUCUGAAUUACCGAAUAUUAAUCAACUUGAAGACAUUGACUUUUUUGUUGUCUCUUCUCCAGCACACGACAAGAAUAGUGCGCUCACUGAUACAAAUAUUGUACCACCAUCCAUGAUGCAAAGUGCUCUUGUUUCUGACAUGACUCAAAGUACUUUUAUACAACACGUUGCGAAUAAGCUUCCCGAAGUGAAUAGACACAUUGAUGAACAGCUGGAACACAUCAAACAAGUGGAAAAGGCCAGCUUGGAAAAUACCACCCGAGACGAUACAAAGAGCAAUGUCACUUCAACAUCCACAAAGGACAAUUUGUCACCCAUGCAGAGAAAGCAUCAAGAGCUAUCUGAAUUUUAUGCUGGUCUGAUGCAAGCUGCUUCCGAAAUUACUUCAACCACUUUCAAAUCUUCGGGUAGAGAGGUUGGAUUAGAGGCUGAAAUUCUUAAACUGAAAAGCGAAAUUGAUUCACACAAGAAUAAGAUUGACGGCCUGACCUUCCAGCUCAAACAAGCUGAGACAUUGCAUCAAGAACAACUCUCCCUCAAAACAGCUGCUUAUAACAAGUUGGAACGAGAACACGAUUUACUCAAGAAGAAGUUCCAAGAUCUCACGAUUCAAACCAAUAGUUAUGUGGAUGUCAUUAAUAACCAGAAAAAGACCAUUUCUGAGCUUGGUGUAAAGUCUGAAAAAGUCACUCAAUUAGAACAACAAAUUGACGAGUAUCAACGAGAACUGAACUCAUUGAAAGAAAUGAGAAUGAAGCAAGGCAAUGAAGAGUUCAAACAGGUCACCCUUCAAAAUGACCUUUAUCUCAAGAGAGUGAAACAACUUGAGCAACAAGCUCAUCAGUCCGAACAACAAAUUCAAACGUUGAGAGAACAAUACAACCAAAAGAUUAAGGAAAUUCAAGACAAGUACGAUCAAGCUUCUGAAGCUUCAGAAAUUCAACUCAAAGUCAUCAAAACUCUCAAAGAUAGCGUCAACAAUGAGAAAAACAAGAACAAACAACUCGAACAAAUUUGUUUGGAACUGAAAUCAGAGAUUGACUCUCUCAAGCAACAAGUGGAACAGCACAAACCAUCAUCUUCAAAUAACAGCAACAAGAAACAAGGUAUUGACGUUGGGGAUCGUGUUCAAUUCAUUCCAGUCAAAUACAAGAACACCACAUUGUGGCAAGCCAACACUCCAACCCCAAAUCACAAGUACUUUUUGUCACCUGAAACUGUGGAUGCUCUCAAAUCCUACUACCAAGAAAAUUUCCAACAUCAACACACACUCAUUGUGAAUGUCAUUGAGGUUACUCCUGUGAAAUCCAUGAGCGAAGAUGAAAACCCGUAUGGUCUCGAUUUUGCUCAUUCCCUCAUCACUGGCUACAUUAUGUAA